AUCACUGCAAUAAACUGAGAUUCUGUGUCAUGUGAGAUCACCGGAAAAACAGAAGAAGUCUACGUGAAAUCAGUCAUAUCCUGGUAUAUGACUGAUACUGGAUUGAGUUUAGCUACAAGGCGAAAUCUAUUCUCCUCUUCUGCGUGUCCUCGAUCAUGUGAAAUUUGUUACAGUUUGUAACAAAGCGAGUGCCAGAAGGGGUGGAAUUCCCAAAGGAUCAAAUGUAGAUGCCAAGUAUGGUGUAGACGGAGGAGAGAGAAAGAAGAGUUGCUCCUGUACAUGAUUUGAUUCCGCUUUCGUAGCUCUUGGCUUUACGACGCUGCAGAGCUACGGCUUUCUGCUCACGAGACGUUAUCGAGGAAGGGCAUUUCUGCUUAGUAUCUCGUACAAUCUGAGACGCAUGAUGUAAAUUCGACCAUGGAGAACUCAAUCUGGAACAUUCAAAAAUUCCAGCGGGGAGCGCGCGCAGCGGGCGUCUAUCUGCUCUUCAGCGGUAUCACUUUUUUCUACGUGAAUCUCAGUACGAGAGCGGGAGUUCCAAGAACUGCAAAUCCAUACAGUGCGUAUCCGGCGGGAACCGACCUUCUAUUCGAUGCCACUAAGCUGUAUAAAUCUGCCCUAAGCAAUAUUUUCGAAGAUGAGGAGUGGGGUCCUUUGGAAUUUGGUAUUAUGGCAAAACAUUACGAGCGUGAAGGAAAGGCUCCAUAUUCGUAUCAUUCGAUGUAUAUGGAACAUAUCCUUUCAAAUGGAAAGAUGACAAGUCCGAAUCUGUGAUUGAUAUCCAAUUCGACUGUUUCAUUCUUCUGUGAAAUCUAUUUGUGACUAUAUUUCCAGUACAUGGUCUCCUAUGUUGGACCACGGCUUCUACGUUCAAACACUGCGUGGAGAGUUAUGGAGGUAGAUACGAGAGUCAGAAAAGGAGUAAAGAUUGUUCGCACAUUGUGUCAGAGUGUGACAGGAAGUAAAAUCUGCUAAAGGCUCAUUUUUGCAGUACAGUGGAGGCAAGUAAUUUUUGUUAUGUGAGUCUACAUAAAUUCUUUUGGGAUGCUGUCUCCAUUUACUUUCACAGUUUUUUCAGACUGAAAUUUCUGUCUCGAUCAAGCUUUAUGUAGUAAUAUGGAAUCCGAGAUCCUCUGUACGACAAGACACGGGAGUGUGUGAACUCUAUGUCCACUAAACCUUUCCUCCUGAUCCUUCUGGUGCUCCUGCAUUGUUUUGUAAGGUUUGUGAAAACAAGCAGGUCAUAUACCCUAAUUCAGACUGAACCUGACUGAAUUAGACUGAGUGCACGUGCACCGGGCUCCAUCCACACUUCAAUUUUCAAAACAAUAAAUGUCUUCAAGCCGCACAAGGGCUGCCAUCACUCAAUUGAGUUUGUGUGAGUUCCAUGUCAUAUGGA